AUGACGAUGGACACCUUAGUGACUGACCGCCACACCGGAAUCCAGGCCAUGUUGAGGGAUUGCUGCCCCCACAUUAAGCUCCGAUUCGAUGUGUGGCACGUCACUAAGGGAAUCAAGAAGAAACUUCUAGGACUUGGGCGUCCUGCGAGGCACCAGGUUGUGCGGCUUUGCAUUGAGAGCCUUAUAAGACACGCAUACUGGUGCCCGAGAACAAGUGGAGAUAACGGUGACCUUUGCCUGGCAAAGUGGGUGUCAGCAGUGAACUACAUUGUCGAUAUUCAUGAACAUGAUGAUCCACUUUACCCUGUGUGUUACCAUGGCAGUGUGUCUGAACCACAUGAAUGGCUGAGAGAAGAGAGCGAGGCCUACAGAAGGGUCAGGGACAUUUUGAUGGCCCCUGCCCUCCUGAAGGACAUCCGAAUGCUUUCUUCUGGGCACCAGACGUACGGGCUAGAGGCAUUUCACAGCCUAAUGAUUCACUUUGUGCCUAAGUCCUACUCAUGUUCUGAUGAGGGAAUGCUGGCCAGGUACGAAGCAUGCAUGCUUCGUGACAGCUAG